UUUUGAUAACCGGCUUACAAGACUGCGAACCUGUUUGAGCGGGCAACUCCCUUGAUCAUCAACAUGGCAGCACAUGAAGCACCUGAGCUGGAAGUGGAAGAGCCCCCUCCAAAGCCUCCUGACAAAAGCAAGCUGGAAAAAGACAAAAAUUUGUUGACAGAACAAAUAAAAAAUUUAGAGGAUCAACUGCGGUGCUGUAAGACCAGCGGCGCGGCGGCCGGCCGGCUGCAGCAGCUGGAGACGGCGCGGCGCGAGCUGUGCGAGCUGCACCGACAGACGGACGAGCGGCUGCAGGCGCUGGCGCCCCGCAUCACCGAAACGCGGCACGCGAUCUUCAAGCUGCGCGACAAGCUCAAGUACCGGACGGCGCAGCAGGUGGACGAUGCCGUGCUGCGGCUCGAGAAACAAGUACAAACGCAAAAUUUCAAGCUCAGGGAGGAGGAGAAGGUGGUCCGUGAGAUCAACGACCUGAAAAAAUCCAAACGAACGCUUCGCGAAUACGACGCCAAAAAGAAAGAGCUGGACGCGCUGACCCAGAACCAGCGGGGCCUGCGGUACGAGCGUGACCGUCUGUACGGGGAGAUCGACAAGAACAAGCGGGAGGAGGAGCGGAUCCACCGCGAGGCACAGUCCACUGCGGCCAGCAUCAAAAUGCUGGACGAAGAGCUGGACGGGCUGCGGCGUCAACGACAGGCGCUAGACGCCCUUUACCAGGAGAGGCUGGACGCCUGGCAGGCGUGGCAGCGGCAGGCGGGCGGGAGCUGA